AUGGAACUUUUGGGCCGAUCUUUAGUAGUACCAUCAGUAAGGAUACUAUCAGAUACACAACCAGAAUCACCGCCCAUGUAUUGGGUUGUGAUGAAGAAAGGUGGCGCUUAUAUUGCCGAGGUUCUGCUAUCAGCAGAAAUUGUUCAGGUAAAUGAUGCAUCGAUUGCAGAAUUAGAGAAAAAUGGUACAUCAGUAGCAAUACCAGCAAUGAUUCGACCUAACAUGAUCCAUUUCAAAAUGGAAGUGGUUUUCUGGGGAUUGAGGGAUGUGCGUCGUUUACGUGGGUGCAAUAUUCGUCGUCCGAAAAUCAAAGCUGAAAUUGGCGCAGGAAAAUUCAUUUCAGGUCACACCACUGAAUACGAAGGACGAAGUGUUAAUUUUAUUGAAAUGAGGAGUGAAAUUCUUGUUAGUAAAUAUAAUGAUGAAGAAUACCAUAAUCCAGCUGAAACUAGGUAUAAAUUGAAGGUAUUUGACUGCGAAUUAGAAAAUCAAACCCAAUAUUCGGGCUUAACCGAUUGGUGUGAGCGAUUUAUAUUAUACAGAGGUGGACAUAAAGGAUAUCCGGAACCUUUUGCAACAUUAAGGGCGUCCAUUUCAAUAACUAAAGGAGAUAACGGCCAAAACGAGAAUAAUGAAUUUGCUAAUAGUAUAAAAGUGAGACGUAUUCCUACAAACAACGAGCCUGUGCCACUAUGCGUACGUCUGUAUGUUGUAAAAGGAAUAGAUUUAAAACCGAAAGACAGCUCUGGAAAAUCAGAUCCAUAUUUGGUAGUUUCUCUUGGUGGUAACGAAAAGCUCGGCAACUGUCAGAGAAUAGACGAUAGAUUUAAUUAUUUGCCGAAAACGAUCAACCCAACAUUUGGAAAAUGUUUUGAAAUGCAAGCAAUAUUACCACAUGACCACACUCUCACGGUGUCAGUGUACGAUAUGGAUCUUAUCAGCAAAGAUGAUCUUAUUGGAAGCACCGUAAUAGACAUCGAAGAUCGCUUCUAUAGUAACCAUCGGGCUUCUUGCGGAAUUUCGGAAAGUUACUGCAAAUCUGGAUACAACCGGUGGCGAGAUUCCCAGUUACCAUCGCGCAUUUUGAAAACGCUCUGUUCUAAAUAUGAUUUGGCGGAACCUGUUUAUUCCCAGGGUAGUCUCGUUGUUGGCAAUAGAGUAUUUACUCCUGAAGCUGGAAUACCCACAGGACCAAACAAUAAAAAUAACAAACAUCCAAAAUUUUUGAUUAGUGCAGAUGAACAGGAAAUCUUAAGUUUGGAUGCACUCAAACAAUGGCAAGAACUCAGUCCAGGUGGUCCAGGAGAAUUAGUUCCAGAGCAUGUAGAAACUAGAACUUUGUACAAUCCGACGAGACCAGGAUUAGAACAAGGAAAGUUACAGCUUUGGGUUGAUAUAUUCUCACUAGCUGGUGGAACACCACCUCCUGCACCUGUUGAAAUUGCUCCAAGAAAACCAUGUCCGUACGAAUUAAGACUCAUUGUUUGGAACGUUCAGGAUGUGCCGCUCCUAGAAAAGGACAUGAUGCUGGGAGAAAAAGUAUCCGACAUUUAUAUAAGGGCAUGGUUGCUCGGAGAAUCAGAUGAACAAACAACCGACAUCCAUUAUCGAAGUGUAACAGGAGAAGGAAACUUCAAUUGGAGAAUGAUAUUUAAAUUCAACUACCUAUAUGCAGAGGGAAUGAUUGUUGAAAAGUUCAAGGAAAACGUAUUUUCAGUUGGUGAAUCAGAAAGAAAAUUUCCGUGCAAAUUGCACAUUCAAAUUUGGGAUAAUGACACGUUUUCUAAGGAUGACUUUGUAGGCUCUGCAAAUUUAGAUAUGCGAAGACUACCCCGAGGUGCUAAAGAUUCGAAACACUGUUCACUGGCGCAAAUCGAGCCUAGGGCGCCGAAAAUAAAUGCUUUCCGUGCAAAACGAGCACGCGGCUGGUGGCCUUGUAAAUCUAAUUCAAAGGAUGAACUCGGAAAUUUUAAUAUAGCCGGAAAGUUGGAACUAGAAAUAGAACUAUUAAAAUCGCACGAAGCAGAAGGUAAUCCCGCAGGAUUAGGAAGAAACGAGCCUCAAAAGUUACCGGAACCAAAGUAA